AUGAAGCAGAAGGACAUCAGGCCGGCGCCGUCUCUCAUCGAGUACAAGAACAUGCGCUUCCUCAUCACCGACCGACCAUCGGAUGUCACCAUCCAAGGCUACUUACAGGAGCUGAGGAAGCACAACGUGUGCACGGUGGUGCGGGUCUGCGAGCCCAGCUACGACACGGCCCCGCUCAAAGCCGAGGGCAUCGAAGUGCGCGACCUCGCCUACGACGACGGCACCUUCCCGCCCGCUAACGUCGUCGAUGAUUGGUUCGAGAUAUUGCGCGAUAAAGCGGCGAACAAGCCGGAGGCGGCGGUGGCGGUGCACUGCGUGGCGGGGCUCGGCCGCGCGCCCGUCAUGGUCGCCAUCGCGCUCAUCGAGCUCGGCAUGAAGUACGAGGAGGCCGUCGAGACCAUCCGGGACCAGCGUCGCGGCGCCAUCAACGCCAAGCAGCUCUCGUACCUGGAGAAGUACAGGCCGAAGUCGCGUCUGAAGAAGAACGGGCACAAGAACUCGUGUUGCGUGCAG